AGGGUAGUACGACAAUUGACACGAGAAGGCGCACAAGUUUGCCUCGAGCAUACAAAGCGAAACCUUGGGUAGCACACCUUCGAGACUUUGGUGGUUGGCAAAUGGAUGUCUGUCCGGUGACCUACGGAAACUAUUGCGUGGGGACAUGCAGCGUGUCAAAGGUUGGAUGCGCAGUUGCACAGCGCUAUGGGUGUUUGCUGUAUCGUUAGUCCUUGACAAACUUGACAGUGCUGGCAUACUCGAUCUAUCACUCAAAUGUAGCCCUAUGCCCACCUACUGCUUGAUUUCGUACUGUUGAUUUUAUUCUUCUCCUUUUCAUUGCCCUUCUUCUCGAGUUAGGUGUUAUGCCGAGUACCAACCUCAUCAUUGCUUUGAUUCUUGCCGCUAUCUUCGGCGCUGCGCUGGUAUGGCUCACCCUCUACUAUGUCCAUCGCUAUGUCCACCGGCGCUGCCUCGAGCUCGAUCACUGGUUCCAUCUGAGUGCUUUGCGACAGCCCGAGCCUCAGACCUGCUGUUAUGACCAGGAACACGGGCGAAGGAGCCACUCAAAGAGCAGAUUACGGUCGGCAAGAAUUGAUAAAAGAAGGGGACGAAGCCAAUAUGAGAGAUCAAGAAAGCGGUAUGAGAGCCGAGAGAGGGAACAUGCACAAGGUAGAGAGGUACACACGGAGUGGCCGGGGCAGCAGAAUGUGACAAGAGCUAGACCAAUGUUGCCGAUGAGCGAACCUGUGCAGAAUCAGUGGCAAGAACAGCAGUUCUAUCCGCCGUUUGGAUGGCAUGGACAAACACCCGGCGGAUUUCAGAUGGCAUACCCGCAGCCAAUGCUGCAUCAACAAGUGCGCGGGCAGCCUUUUGCUAUGCCAGUAGCAGUACCUCAGCAACCAUUCUCACCAAAACCAACAGCGAUGCCUGAGUCUACACAGUUCCAGCGCCAGUACCAGCAGCCAUGUACCGAGACAUGUUCGGACACUGUCAAAGACAGCCACUCAGAGAAGCCGCCUGCUCGACCCAAGCCUCCCCCUAGGUAUAGAUGCAGUGUGAACGAGGUCGACUAUAUCCACAUAUGUGACGAAUACCCGCAGAUUGUUCUCGAAGCACUGAACAAGGCAGAGGCACCACCUUCGUCUUCAAGUUCAAGUGCCACGUCUAGCACUACACAGGAAGUGCCUCGACCGUCCAUACCGCGAGCCGCACCUCGUGCUGCCGACAACGCAGUCUUCGAAUUCCCACAGUAUCCGCAUCUUGCUACCCGCGCCUGGAAUGCUCCGACUUCAUACCCGAGGCAGUGGAUGGACCAUCGUGCUGGCGGGGACAUGGGGAACGUCAGAAUCAGGUACGCACCUUUUGAGGGGCUGAGUGGACCAGCACAGGUGAAUGCCAAUCCAAGGCGCCAAGCUCCGAGUAAUGCUCCUCUUUGAUACUACUGCGCACUUGGAAUAGCUUGUGCCACUGCCUCUACUUGCUACGUGACGAAAAAGGUGGCUGACGAAUGCUGUCAAACAGACUUUGAUGCUGCGCAAUCGUGGACGAGUCCGAGACGAAGAAAGACUGCACACGAUCCACCGCUAGAAAGUCGACAGGAAGAGAAAAGAAGCCGCACGGAAACACGGGCGUGUGAAGGGCACAUGGA